UUUACAUCGAGGGAAUUUGAAUGUGUGAGAACCUGGCAAAAGCAAUUUGUUUAAAACCUCAACAUGGAAAAGUGUUUUAAAGGAGGUGAGCAUGCGGCCUCCUUCAAGAAAAAAUCAAGCACAAUCGACAAGAGGGCAUUAAGAGCUCAUCGCAAAUCCAUUGACCGGCAAAACAAACGAGAUGACCAGCUAAACAAGCGAAGAAAGAUGCCAGCCGUGCUCUCUCCUUUGGUUGAGAUCGACCAAAACAAAGCAGGGGAAGAUGUCAGGAAAAAAGGAGAGGGUGAAACUCCCAAGAGAAAGCCAAGAUGUGAAACUCCCAGGAGCAAACCUAGAGCUUCCAAAGUAUCAAGACGGGAAAUGCUGCAAAAAUGGAAGCAAGAAAAGGAUCUCAAGAGAAAACUUGAUGCGAAAUCAAAAGCUAAUAAGCAGCCCUUUAAAGUGUCAAUAGUUCACCACAGUGUUGCCGAGAUAAAGAAUAAUACAAAUCAAAAGCUGUCAACUACUGUAAUCCAUCAACCUAAAAAGAAUUCCUCCCAGGCCCCAGUGAGCAGAAAUCCCGUCAAAGCUGUAACAAAGCCAGAGCCUGUCAGGAGACCGUCAACCAGGGCAGCUGCUAAAGCUGCUAACAAGGCCAUUUUGACCAAAGGACCAACUAAGAAGCAAAAGACUGCUGAGCCAAAACCAAAACAGGAACCCGAGAAAGAAGACACUGCCCAAGAACCAAAUAUUGCAGGUCAUAGUGGUCUUACUUCCUUUGCUCCUGUGGAUUUUACAUUUGCUGCUCCAUCCAACUUGUCACCUUUUGAGUUCAAGCCACUUAGUCCGGCUAGUGCUGCUAGCUUCCUGUUCCCCAGCCAAGAAGGAGGAUCUUAUCUUACUAGCUCUGUGACAAAGAGAAGAUGCUCCACCCCAAAAGGCCAGAGUGUAAAGCGCAGUUCUAAGGUUGUGCACUCUCCGCAACCCACUAUCCAGUCUGCCUCUGAGGAAUCUGCGGAUGAGAACACUGUGCCCAGUCAGGGGGUCAGUAAGGUGACCAGAACACCUCAGGCCACUGACCAGAGGUCACAGGGGAUGGACACCUCACUCACAAAGAAAGAGACCAAAACCCCAUUGCAGUUCACCUUCAAGACUCCACUAAGAGCUUCUUCCAAAAAGCUGAAAAGUAAAAACCUUACUCCAGAAGAAAAGGUUGCAAUGAUCUGCCAGAGUCCAAUGAUUGAAGUGAGGAAGAAGACACCAAAAGAGAAAACUCCAACUUCAGAACAACAGGCACCCCUGCCAUCAUUUGAUGAUAUAGACACUGUCUGUGCACCUGUGAACCUCAACUCCCAGCUAGAGGCCACCAUUGUGGACAUAAAACCAGGUAGCAGCAGCAGCAGCAGUGGAGAGCAUGAUGUGCCAUACUUCAGGAACUUGUUGACAUCUGAGACCAGCAGACUGACCUCAUUGUGCAAGCACUGGGAGGAGGUGAACAGUUCCACUCCUGAUAUACCUGAAGAUCCUCGUGGUCAGAUCCGUACCACUAUUGGUCAAGCCCAGCUUUUGAUGGACCAGCGAUUUAAGCAGUUUAGUGGCCUGGUGGACAACUGUGAAUACAAGACUGGAGAAAAAGAGACCACCUGCACUGAUUUACAGGGUUUCUGGGAUAUGGUCUAUUUUCAAGUGGAAGAUGUAAAUGUCAAAUUCAGUGGCCUGGAAAAACUUCAGGCCAAAAGUUGGGUAGAGGACAAACCAGAGCAAGUUGCAAAGAAGGAAGUACCGAAGAAAGCUACCAAGAAAUCUUCUAAGCCAGCAGUGAAGUCCAAAUUUGCUGAGUUCCGUGCACAAAUGAAGGCACAGCAGAAACAGCAACAAGAGCAGCAGGUGCCUGUAGUUGUGGAGCCCCAGGAAAUGAAAACUUUUGAUGCAGGGUUCUUCAAAGUCAACAGUCCUGUUAAGAGUCCUAUGCAGCAAGGAGAAGGCAAAUCACCAAGAAAUAUGCCAGGAAAUUCCAGUCCACUCCUGAUGUCAGCACUGUCUGCCAGUAGGAGACCCAAGGUGCCAAGUCCACUACUAAAGUAUACAACCUCUCUGCUAGAAAAUAACCAGCCAAGUGAUUCUUCCACAACACAGCAGGCUGACAGAGAGAUUUCAGCUGCAUCCCCUCAACUGCUUUCACGCUCUAUUGCCAAUGCUCCAGUUGUCCCCAGCCCUCUACUAAUGGACACCACCCCAGGGUUGAGGACACGCAGCAGUCGUAGGUCACGCACGUCAAUUGGGUCCAGGUCCACUCCAGGAACUCAGAAAACUAGACGACAGUCUCGUAGGUCAGUUGGGACACCUUUGCAGAAAAUUCUCACUGAGGAUGUUAGUAUGCCAAGCAGCUUGAGGCGUUCCAGAAGAAGCGUUUCAAAGCCCGUGUUUGACCCAGAUAUUGAGGACAAGAUAGAGGUCAUUGAGACAGAUGUGUCUAGUGUCUCCAGUGGAGAGCACAAUGUGCCGUACUUCAGGAACUUAUUGACAUCUGAGACCAGCAGACUGACCUCAUUGUGCAGACACUGGGAGGAGGUGAACAGUUCCACUCCUGAUAUACCUGAAGAUG